AUGGACAUGGACCCUUCGGCAACGUUGUUGAGUCUCCUUCACAAAAAUCAAAAUUCACCUUCUGAAACAGCCAUGACCGGUCAGAGAAGUCCACCUACCUCAUCAUACCCUUCUCAACCAACCCCCCCUCCAAUUCAAAGUUCACCUAAUCCUAUGCAAAUUUUCGGCAUUACCGCACCCUAUCCUCAGCCAUUAGCUUAUAACCCAACCGUUUUUCCGCAAAACACUUUAACCUCAAUAAGUGCUGAUAGUGUGACACCUCAGCCUCAACCAGGUAUAAUUUCUUUUGGUGGUGAUAACGAAGCGACUACAUCCUCUGGAACGAGUGAUCCUACUUUAUUGAACAUUGACAAAGCUUCUACAGAAUCUCUUAAGCUAGCUUUAUUUGGUCGUCCAUCUUCAACAAGUUUUGAUGAAAGUCAACAGGAGAAUGAAAACCAAUACCAAGCGGAUACUUCAUUUCCUCAGGAUGAAAAUCCAUUAGAGGUAGAUGCAACUUAUCCUGAAGAGACUGCCGACCUUGAAGAAAAAUUACCUUCUGAGACGGACGUCGAUUACAAUAAAAUUUCGACGUUGGAAUCGAUAGGAACCACCACUUCAUCAUCACCUUCAACAAAGCAGUCUCCUUCAACGACGAAUAAAUCUAUGUUUACUUAUACCAAUCCCUUUGACCUUUUAAAGAUAUCACCGCCUCCUUCUCCUUCACAAUCAAUUAACACAAACCAGUGGAAUAUACAAUCUACUUCGUCAUCUCAACAAAAACGAGAGGCUCCUGUAGUUCAGAAAGAAAGUGGCGUUUUUUCACGACAUACAGAACCAUUUCUUUCCGAAUUAUCUGCAUGGAACAUACGUGCAAACUUAUCAGCCCAGACAAUUUCAAGUGUCCCAGAUGGUGUUAAACUUCCACGAGGAAUCCUUCUUUAUGAUACAGGCAAAAAAAAUGAAAAUAUCUUGUCCCGUAAGGAUUUAGAACUUACUACAAUAACGCUCGUUCCGAGUGAGUUGGAAUAUCGUGCUGGAAAAUUAAUUGCUGUUAAUGGAUUAUAUAUAUGCUAUGCUGUGAAAGGUGGAAAAAUACGAGUUAUAAGUACUUUAUAUGGUAGCAAAACGUUAUUGCGAAAUCACGACAAGUAUAUUCUUGAUAUGUGUAUUCAAGACGUAUUAUCUGAUGUAUUCGAGGAUGUAAUUGAAACGCAAUUGCUUCUUGCAGUUGGUAUUGACAGUAAAAUUACAGUUUGGGAACUUUCUGAACCACCGUCUGAACAAGAAUCCCCACGAUAUCAUCGUGCUGUAUGGCAUCCAGUGAUUCGUAAUGUGUUUGCGGUAGCUACGGAUACUAAUGACGUGUUAGUUAUCGAUAUCAAUAAAAUUUUGGAGGGCGAAGAGGAAAGGAGUUUUAAAGAAUCUGAUAUAUCAGGAAAGAUUUUGAAGUCUAAAAUGCUUGAUAAGCCCAUCAAUGACCUUGCUUUCUCUCCCGAUGGAACGAUUUUGGCCACGGCAAGCGAUGACUGUGUCAUCUUUUGGGCACUUGAUUUCGAAAAUGAUGUCGGUAUAAAUCCGGUCAAAAGAAUAAUUCUCGAUGGACAACAGGUAUCUUCGGUAUUAUUUAUUGAUGGAGGACAAUCUUCGCUAUUUAAAUUCCGCUAUGUGAUAUUGGGAACGGAAAGAAACACGAUUCUUCAUCUAUAUGAUAUUGAAUCAGGCGUAUACAUACAAUCCAUUAAUUUCUUACCACCACCAGAGCGUCGACCCCCUUUAAGCAAAUCAUAUAGAAAAGAGGAAGCAAUGUUUAAUUGUGUUAGUUUUGAUCAAGAAACUGGCACUUUGUUUAUAGCUAAUAGUGCAAGAAUAUCUAUAUUUGCAUUGCACUUACAUUUUCCCCAGAAGAAAACUGAACAGUUUGACUCUUAUAAUCAAGCUCUUUUUGGUGCUACUAGUCAGAAUCAAAUCGAAUAUGAGUCGAUGAGCUCGGGUGAUGAUCCAAACAGUUCAAAUGUCGUUCAAUUCGAUUAUAUGAUCGAAUUUCCAGUCAACCAAUUGAUUGGGAGUUUUGUCAUAGUUUCUGACAUGAAUUCGUCACAGGGCGUAUCAUUAUAUUGUAUUCAAUCCAAGGCUGUUCAGCAAUAUAAUAUUUCCAAAUACUUGAUAUUGCCUCCAAAUUUUGAUGCUUGUCCGGAGUAUGUUAGCGCGGAAUUUUCGCUUGAUCAACAACAACAGGAAGAAGACAUAAAAAAAGAUGAACAAAAUAAAGUUUCUAUUGUAGAAUCAUUCGAGUUAUCUUCAAAUUCUGAAAGUGCUCAAUUGUCAACAGCUGAUGAUGCUAAUAUCGAUAAGGACAUUGUAAAAGAGGCAGCAGCAAUCGAAAUUGUUAAUACUAGGGAUGAAUGUAGUUCAGAAAUCACAGCUUUUGUCACUGAAUCUGAAGAUAUUGCACUAAUUGAAAAGUAUGCUGGACAAGAGCCUUCAACCAGUAAUACGAUAGAAUCCACAAAUAAUUCAGACGAAACUGAAAGUAGAAGUCAAGAAAGUCAUAAAAUAUCGAGUAUAAAAUUAUCUGGUCCAGUUGUAAAUGGUGCUAUAGCAAAAUUAAAAGAAAAAAAGAAGGCAUCUCAGACUACUUCAUCGGUUCAGAAUAAUGAUUUAUCUUCUGAUUCAGAAAAGACUUCAAAGAGAAAAGAAUCACGUCAAAGAGAUAAAGAUUGUGGGAAUGAGAAUAAUUACACCCCCGAAGCUACCAGUAAGCCUACAGGUAAAAAGGUUGUGGAUGGUAUUUCCAAAAACAAUGGAAGGAUAGGUGGAGAGAAAAGUAGAAAACCGGAAUCACAAGAAGUUCAGCCUCCGAUACCGUCAGCCGGCAUUUCUCCUGCACAAAUGCAGACGAUCUUGAAAGAAAUAAGAAAGAUGGAAGAUAAUGUUACUAAUAAACUUGGAAGGAUGUUUUCGAAAGAAUUAGAAAAGCAAUUUCAAAAGAUAGAGGAAGAACGUGUAGCACAUCAAGCCGCUGAAACUUCGCGUCAAGAGACUAUACUCAAAGUAGUUUCUCAAACUCUUAGUACAAAUACAUCCAAGUUGUUGGAGUCAACCAUUCGUACUGAAAUACAAAAUUCUGUACUUCCUAAUUUGGGUAAAAUGGUUACGAGUGCUGUUGAUAAACAAGCUCAUAAAGGGAUGGUUGAUGCCGUAAAUAAAAAUAUUCCAACAGCUAUUGAUAAGGCGGUCUCAGAUAACGUGCCACGCGUUCUUUCAAAAGCUCCAGUUAUCGAAUCAAUUGCUAAAGGAGUUUCCAAAUCCAUACGACCAGUUAUCGAAGAAACGUUCAGAGAAAAUUUUACUUCUGUGCUUAUUCCAUCAUAUCAAAAGGCUACAAAUGCUAUGUUUGAACAAAUUACCACUACUUUCGAGGCUGGACUACAUGAUAUUGCACAUAAAAGCGCACAAUCAGCUUCAUUUACUAAUUCCCAAAGCACUGAUCAUAAUGUUUUGGCACGUAUACAAGCGUCUAUUGAGCAUUUAACUUUAGCUGUUCAGCAAUUACAAAUGCAAGCUAAUGUUAAUAAUGCCAAUGUCGGUGGUAAUGUAAGGCAGGUCGCUGGACAACAAAUUGAACAACAUUUGGAACCACCUGGACUUGAAGAAAAUUUAAAUAAUGUUACGGAUAGAUUCCUAGAAUUAGGGAAUUAUGAAGAUGCUUUUGUACAGGUCCUUGCCUCCCACGAUCUACCGCUAAUUAUCAGACUUUGCAACAAAGUAAAUCCAAAGAACGUCUUUCAUCCAUCCAGACCUUUAUUAUCACAGCCAGUUAUUCUUUCACUCAUCCAUCAUCUUUCUUUGGAGUUGAAUAAAUUCUCGGAAUUAAAACGAGCAUGGAUAGAAGAUGCUGUUAUUAAACUUAAUCCGAAGGACCAUAUAAUUCGGGAGCAUUGUGAAAGGAUUUUGCCGAUGGUAAAACAAAGACUUGAAGAGCAUUACUACCAAAUAGCUACACAAGACCCCCAAAGUCCUAGUUUGAAGAAUAUUUUGCUUUUAAUUCAUGCAGUAAAUGGAUUGAUAUAG